UUCAACAUGGCUGAAGAAAGCAACAAAAUUUCUGAAGUCACGAAAGAGAUCUUAGCCCCAGAUGAAGAGCCCCGGGAAAAUCUUGUUUCAACGGCCGUAAAGUUUCUUCAAAACCCCAAAGUUCAAUCUAGCUCACUUACUCACAAAAAGGCAUUCUUAGAAAAGAAAGGGUUGACAAAGCAAGAAAUAGAUUUGGCCAUAGACAGAUCAGGAAUAUCGAAAACUGAAAGUAGAGUAGGGUUACAGUCUCCCCCAUUACAGCAAUCGGCACAUCCAGCUAAUAAUAUAGUUCCAUAUAACCCUUCCCAGUAUGAAUUGUCAAGAUGGGAGAAAGCGCGCGCCUGGACCUCAUCUGCUUUGAUUGUAGCUGCUGUAGCUUAUGCUGGAUACCAUUUCUACAGAACGUACAUCAAGCCAUUAAUAUUUGGUCAGAUAUCCUCCGAAAACAGACUGGAAAGACUGGAAAAACAAAUUCAGGAGAUACAAACAGAAACAAUUGAAAGCACAAAACAAAUACAAGAAAGUUUAAAAACGAUACAAACUGUAUUAACACAACAACAGAUUGCUAACUCCGAACGUACAUUGUUAAAACAACACGAUUUAAAUGGUAUUGGUGAAAUUAAAACAGAAAUUCAAUCGUUAAAAGGCUUACUUUUAAACAGACGUCAGUUUGCUCCGGUUCCUAGUGUUUCUCCUGUCUUACCAUCCUGGCAACUUCCUGCAAGUUCUUCUUCAACUUCACAAACACAGGAUGACCAAAAAGAUGACGAUUCUAGUCGAACGGAUUUAUCUAAUGAUAAUGAUAAGAUUGAAACAAUCCAAAAUUCUACGAGUCAAACAGACUUAUCUUCCCCUGUGGAUGAUCCAUCCGUUUUGAAUUCUGAUGAAAAAAAUGAAACUAAAGAAACGAUUAAAUCCGUUGAUUUAGAAAAUAUAGAAUCAAAAUUAUUAAAUGGUGAUUCUGAAACCAAAGAUUUAAACAAUAGUGAAAUAGUCGAACCUGUUAUUCAGGUGGCUUAAGAUAAGCAUUUUUAUACACCCACAUUUGCAUUUGGACAUACAUUGUGGUCGCCCCUGUCCGUCCGCCUGGAUGUCCGUCCGUCUGUCCAUCCACAAUUUGUUUGUGGACACUCUACAGGUCACAAUUUUUAUCCGAUUUUGACGAAACUUGAAAUAUAGGUUUAUCUCCAAAAGUCUCGGUUCCUGUUGAUAUUGUCAUGUAUCACAAACUUUUUCAGCUUGUUCUCUAUCCAUCUCUUGCAAAAUGCAGGUGUAUCUUGCAUGACAAGCGCUGAUGUAUUUUUAAAGUCGUUGAUACUGAUCAAGAAUUUUUCAGACAAUAUCUAUCUUAUUUUUCAAUGGCUUAAUCCAUGCUAAAAUGUAUUCAAAUCGAAUAUGUAAUAUUUAAUUCAGAAAAAAAAUAAUAAAUGGUAGAUGUUCUCCCUGUUUGGAUUCAAUCAGACUAAAAAGAGGCCCAUCAAAAGAUUUUACCCAACACUUAGGGUGGUGCUAGUUUGUUUAUAUCAUCUGCAAAGGGAUGUCAAAUGAUUCAUUUUAUAAAUACUGAAAGGAAUUGGACCCUUUUUAGACUGAUAUUUCUUGUAGAGAUUCAAAUUUGACAAUGUUGUAGUUUGCAAUUUAAUUAAACAUGCAUUAUGCAAGAGCUAAAUCUGCCAAUUUCUUUAGGCCUGAAAUGUUAUCUAAAUUAUUAAUUAGACAUUAAUUAACUUAUCCAGACUGUAACCAACUCCCGAUGUCAUCGCUAGCCUGUGGUAUUUAGUGGAUUUGAAUACAUUUUGUGAUGGAUAAUUUAACAUAAAAAUUAACUUAUCCAGACCAUAAUCAGCUCAGCCUGUGAUAUUAAGUAGAUUUGAAUACAUUUUGUGAUGGAUAAAUUAACAUAAAAAUGGAUAAUCUAGACUUUGUUUAUUAUCGUGCCAAUAUUAAUAAUAACGAUUGAGGUUGGCCUAAAAUUGAAUCGCUAAUAUCUCGGUUCAGAGUGAAUCAGUUUGACUGAAAUUUUCAGCAGAUUCUGUUUUCAUUAUCUAUAUUUUAACUGUUAUAGCGAAAACUGUCAGCUCUUUAUCUUAUCUUACCUAAUGCUGCUUUAAUUCAAAAUGUUUGAAAUUAAACUUGAAUGAUAGAAAUUUUUGAAAAGGAAAUUAUGUUAAUUAUUACCAAAUUAUUAUUUUAUUUAAGGGCUAAUUGGAAUGAAAAUUGUUAAUAUGUAUGUAUCUACUGGUAUUUGUGGAUUUGAAAUAAUUGAGUGAAUGCCAGAUGAUAGAUUAAAUAUAAAACCUUUUUUUUGGCUAUGAUUUCAGAUCUUAAUUGCUACCUGUAUAUUCUAGACCUGAGUUGUUAUUAAUACCUGUAAAUUCCAGGUCUGAGUUUCUAUACCUACCUGUAUAAUCACAGCCUGAUUUGCUAUAGAUACCUGUAUAGACCCAGUCUGAGUUGCUAUAGAAACCUGUAUAGACCCAGUCUGAGUUGCUAUAGAUACCUGUAUAUACCGGGUCUAGCUUGCUGUAUAUACCGGGUCUAGCUUGCUGUAUAUACCGGGUUUGGUUUGCUAUAGAUACCUAUAUAUACCAGAUCUGGGUUGUUAUAGAUACCUGUUUAUACCAGGUCUUGGUAGCUACCCUGUAUAUACCAGAUCUGGGUUGCUAUAGAUACCUGUAUAUACCAGGACUGGAAUGCUAUAGAUACCUAUAUAUACCAGGUCUGGGUAGCUAUAGGUAUCUGUAUAUAUACCGGGUCUGGGUUGCUAUAGAUUUCUGUAUGUACUGGGUCUGGGAUGCUAUUGACACCUGUAUAUAACAGGUCUAGGUUGCAAUAGAAUAUAGAUAAAUGUAUAUACCCGGUCUGAUGAGUAUAUCAAGCAUUGAUUUAUUUUCUUGUAUGGAUGAUUUAUUAAUUAUUUAAAAUGAUGUUAUUUAAAGAGUAAAUGUUGAGAAAAUGAUAAAUUUUAUAAUAAAAAUGAAUGGAA